AUGGCCAUGAAGAAUGCUGGUUGGGAUAUUAAACAACAUGUGGACGUAGAUAGUUACUUUAGUUUCUGCGUAUCACUCAGCAUGUUAUUAGGAUUUUGUNAGGACUANAAACUUACGGUUAUCAAUGCACGUCAUGAACGAAUUUUAAUACGAUCGCGCAACGACAANAACUGCAUAACAGCAGUUUCUCAGGUAGAUCGUGAGGCAUUGGAUGGCAAAAUUGAAUUAUUCAAAGUGCAAUGGCAAAUGCCCCACUUAGUGUUGAACGAUGUUACGAAGCUCUNGCUACUACAAACUCUGGAAAGCGGGCGGUAUUUGACCAUGAGUUUUUGCUCGUGGGAUCUCUACGAGUUUUCAUUAUUACAAAGCACUACUAAACAUUUGUGGGCCAUAAAAACGGCGACACAACUUGANAAACCGAGAUACGUCAUAUUUGCGCUACAGACUGCUCGAAGAAANGAUAUGUCAGCAGAUGUCACGCGAUUCGAUCACUGUCAGUUGACCAACGUAAAACUGUAUCUCAACUCUGAAUUCUACCCUUAUGACGACUUGCAUUUAGAUUUUGAUAAACAAAAAUAUGCCGUUCUGUAA